AUGUCCGCGCCGGGAGUCGUGCAUCCCGCCGGCGUCGAUGUUGUGAAUCCUGCCAGUCUGCAUAGCCGCCACUCGAGCUGGGAUAUCGUCCGGCGGGUCGCGUCGCAUUCGAGAGCGUCCAGCGCGACGAGCAUCGAGCGUGUCCCCCCGAGCAAAUGGACGCCCCUGCGCACGGUGCUCAGUGUGCUGCUCCAGCUGUUCCCCCGCUUCCACAGGCCAAUCCGCAAGCGCGCGCUCCUCAUCGGCAUCGCGUACCAGAACAGGCUGAACCCGGACGAGCGGCUGAAUGGGACGCACGAGGAUGUGGACUGUCUGUAUGAGCUAUUGAUCAAUCACUAUGGCUUCCUGCCGAGGGAUAUCACCGUCAUGAAAGACGCGGACGACGUAGAGGAUCACCUCUGGCCGACCGAGGACAACAUCCGUCGAGAAUUGCAAGCCCUCACCCGAGACUGCGCUCCUCGCGACCGCUUCUUCUUCUCAUAUGCUGGGCAUGCCUCGCAAAAGGAAGAACGCGUUAAGGGCUCGGAGAUUGAUGGUAUGGACGAAUUUAUCGUUCCCUACGAUGCGUCAGACUUCUCGGGAUCCAAGUGCAUCCUAGACGAUGAGUUGCGCAGGUAUCUGGUUGAUCCCCUCAAGAGACGAUGCAGGCUUGUGGCCGUCCUCGACGCGUGUCAUUCGGCUACUUUGCUAGACCUGGCGCAUGACAGAUGCAUUGAAAGGGAUGGAUGGAAGGGGUUCGUGACGACCACCGUCCGCUGGGCAUGGGAGCACAUCGCAAUCGCCAUGGGCUUCCCCGUCCCAGAUCCCGAGGCUUCGGCUGCUGCACAGCAGGCGAAGCGUGAGGAGAUGCAGGACCUGCUAUCACAAACGCUUGUCCCGUUCAUCGAGAAACUGCUCGGCCCGUGGCGCUACUGCUGGGGCUUCUGUCGGCGUGCGGUUUGGCCGCACGAGCCGUAUGUGCUGUGCUUCAGCGCAUGCAGAGAUGAGCAAAUGACCUUCGAGAAGCGCGGCUUCUCGAUGACGAAGGUGCUCGCCAAGAAGCUAGGCAAGAUCCUACCGCGCCUGGGUAGCUUGACGAGGAAUGUCCGCGCUGAGUUCACCGCCGUCUACGAGGCGAAGCGGGAAAAGUACGAGACGUUCCUCGACCGGGGAGUACGCCGCAAGCACACGCUUGGUAUCGCGUAUUGGAUCCUUCCUGAGUCUCUCAGAGGAGAGGAGGCUCCGCCGUAUAUGCUGCCCCCACCGUUGGCGAAGCUACAGCUAACGUCAAACUUGCCUAGGUAUACUAACCUAGAGCGCUUCUGGAUCUAA